UGUUAAGUCACUGUUGUCUUCUCUGAGUUACAGGCUCCUGCCUUGGUUGUUCCUGGCUGGUACCUCAGGUCAAACCAUGUCUGAAAUCAAAGAAGGCAUGUGGAAUAUCUCUGAUCUGUGGGCAUUCUUUGAGUAUGAUUUCAAUUUCACUGGCAUGCCACCUCUGGGUGAAGAGUACAGCCCCUGUAGCCUGGACACUGAGAUGCUUAACAAGCAUGUUGUGGUAGUCAUCUAUGCUGUGGUGUUCCUGCUGAGCUUGCUGGGAAACUCCCUGGUGAUACUAGUCAUCUUAUACAGUCAGGUCAACCGUUCAGUCACCGAUGUCUACCUGCUGAAUCUAGCCAUGGCCGAUCUGCUCUUUGCUCUGACCUUGCCCAUCUGGGCGGCUGCUAAGGAGAAGGGUUGGAUUUUUGGCACACCCCUGUGCAAGAUGGUCUCAUUCCUGAAGGAAGUGAACUUCUACAGUGGUAUUCUACUACUGGCCUGCAUCAGCAUGGACCGAUAUCUGGCCGUUGUCCAUGCCACACGUACACUGACCAAGAAGCGCCACUUGGUCAAGUUCAUAUGUCUCGGCAUCUGGGGAUUCUCUUUGAUUCUGUCCCUGCCCUUCUUCAUCUUCCGCCAGGCCUUUAGUCCUACCAAUUCCAGCCCAGUCUGCUAUGAGUUCCUGGGUAAUGAUACAGCAAAAUGGCGGAUGGUGUCGCGGAUCCUGCCCCAGACCUUUGGCUUUGUCAUACCACUGCUCAUCAUGCUGUUAUGCUAUGGCUUCACCCUGCGCACCCUGUUUAAGGCCCACAUGGGGCAGAAGCACCGGGCCAUGAGGGUCAUCUUUGCUGUUGUGCUGGUCUUCCUGCUCUGCUGGCUGCCUUACAACCUGGUCUUGGUUGCAGACACCCUCAUGAGGACCCACUUAAUAGAGGAGACCUGUGAGCGCCGCAAUGACAUUGACCGGGCCCUGGAUGCUACAGAGAUUUUGGGCUUCCUCCACACCUGCCUCAACCCCAUCAUUUAUGCCUUCAUUGGCCAAAAUUUUCGCAAUGGAUUCCUUAAGAUCCUGGCUACCCGUGGCCUGAUCAGCAAAGAGUUCCUGACACGUCAUCAUGUUACCUCAUACACUUCUUCCUCUAUCACUGUCCCUUCAAACCUCUGAAAAGCAUCAAUGAAAGGAUAUGUCACCUUCAUAAAGAAAGAAUAACCCUCAUCCCAAGGUUGUGUGGGGGGUAGCCUGGGUCCAGACAGAUGUUAUCUGGGUUUGGAGGGGAACUAUAAAAUGUGGGGAAGUUAGGGACUUUUGUCUUCAGGGCCCUCACCAGCCUUCUGAGGAAGUGCCAAGAGACCUCCAAGGACUAGCUUCAGGUUUCCAUGGAAAGGAACCCCACCAUUUCUGUUGAAUUCUUGGAUCUUUGACCCACUAACUGGAUAAUCAGCACUGUCACAUGCAUAGCCCCAUCUGACAUUGGAGCAAAACAAACAAGCAAGCAAUCAGCAAA